CACACUUGCUAGUGGGCACAUUAAAGUUGUACAGCUUAGCCUCGAGUCGUUACUUACAUUCCAGUAAACUAAAGUGACCGAUCUACACUUCAGAAUAAUUUUGAAUUUUGAAUUUCUGUACCAUAAAUUUGCUUUAUUAAUUUCCAAAAUCUUGUUAAGAAGUACAUCGAUUAGCUUAGAGAUAAUUCUUUUUAUUCAGUGACUUGAAGUUACAUAGUAUUGUUUAAUUAAGCUUCGAAUAAUCUAUUUUUAAAUUCAUACAAACGUUAUACGUUCGUUUGUCUUAAGCGUCAUAUACGAUUAAUACAGCAAUCGCGUAAAUUGUAAAGUUUCUUAUCUCUAUACAUUAUAAAACGCUAUUCGUAGUCGUCAAGACUUCAAAAGGCUCAAAAAAUAGCCUGAUAACAGUCGAGUCACGCGUUGUUGAAUAUAAUUUUUUCAAUAUUGUUGAUAAUAACAUUAGUUAACUGAAUUGAUAAAUAAAUUAGUGCUCAAGUGUGAUACAGUGUUAGUGUGUAUAGUAUAUUUGAAAGCUUCUUCAUGAAUGAAUCAGAAUUUAAUGAAGAUAUCAAUGCCAUUAGACCCUACAUAGUUGAUAAUAACAUUGAAAGUGACACUGAAAGUGUGGAAUUGCUUCCAGAAAAUUUUGGAAGCCCUAGUCCUGAACUAGUACCGAUGGGAUGUUUAUCAUGGAUGAGAAGGAGAAGCAGCGGUUAUCUUUCCAUUUCGGAGAUGAUGACAAAAAAUACCCGACGUAAUUGGCGCAAGUUAUUGGCAGUUGGAGUAUUAACACUUGUCGUCCUUAGCUUGCUGAUCACAGCGGCUAUUUUUCUCACUGGUAAAGGCAACUCUGGAAAUCCACCACCAACAACUUCAAGUAUCACCAUAGAACAAUGGUUAGAGGGUUGGUUAACUCCUAAAGGCUUUAAUGGAACCUGGCUUACUGAUGAUGAAAUUUUGCUUCAAGAUGAGAAUGGAAAUCUUAUAAUUUAUAAUAUCACCUCUGACAGCUCUAAGCUUGUGCUGGCUAUAACCCAUCCGGUUCUUGGCUCACCAUUGACGUUCAACUUUGAACUAUCUCCGAACAGGAAGUAUCUAUUGGUAGCAUCAAAUCAUCAGAAGUUUUAUCGAUACACGUAUUUUGCUCAAUACCGAAUCGUCAAUCUACGAACUCUGAAUGAGACUCUUCUGUCAGUGGGCAAUUCGACGACACUGCAGUUAGCAACAUGGGCAUCAAAAGGCAAUGAUUUGGUAUUUGUCCAUUUUAACGAUAUUUACUAUAGACCAGAAGCAGAAAAGUCGUUGGAUUAUCGGAUUACCACGAAUGGUGUUUUCAGGACUAUAUACAAUGGAGUACCAGACUGGGUUUAUGAAGAGGAAGUAUUCAACUCUAACAAAGUAUUAUGGUUUUCACCAAGUGGAAAGAAAAUGGUAUUUGCACACUUUAAUGACAUGCAGACACAGAUGAUGAAUAUAACUUUUUAUGGGUUGCCAGGAAGUCUUUCAUUCCAGUAUACUUCUACAAUUCCAAUUCAUUAUCCAAAGAGUGGUACCACCAACCCAAAAGCUAAGUUGUUUUAUGUAGAUUUGGAAAGGGUCGUUGCAGACAAUGGAUACGUCAGCAUCUAUGAAAUCAAGUAUCCACCACAGCUGGCUAACACAGAACGAGUCCUUGCAGCAGUAUCAUUUCCAACUGAAAAUCUGGUGUCAGUUACGUGGAUGAACAGAAUUCAGAAUAAAGCAGUGUUUCAGCUCUACGAUGUUAGGAGCUCGAUCAACUAUACGGUCUUAUCAUUUGCUGAGAACAGCGGAUGGCUUGAUCAAUUUGAGUCACCACUCUUCAGUCGUACAGGAAGGGAGUUUCUCUUGAUCUUACCACAGAAACAGUUAGACAAUGACUCCUGGCCACACGUGGUGAUGGUGACAAAUGUGACUAGUCGUCCUCCAAAGCUUCGUACUCUAACUUUCGGGAGCUUUGCCGUCACUAAAAUUGUCGGCUGGGACGAGGACAACUCCCUUGUGUAUUAUGUGGCAACAUUAGCAGAUGAUCCAGGACAACAGCACGUUUAUAGACUGUCAACACUAGAGAAAGUCUUCAAGCCUGAAUGCUUGAGUUGUGAACUUAAGAACGAGAUCGAAGGAACAUUCUGUCUCCACAAUGAUGCAGAACUUUCACCCGACAAAAGUCGCUAUAUGUUGACGUGUGGUGGUCCUGGUGUUCCUGAAGUUUCGAUUUACAACAGCGCCAAUGCAACCAAAAUACUUACAUGGGAGGAUAACAAACCUAUUGCAGCAACACUGGCUGAAAAAUCUAAACCAACUGUCAAACGCUUUUCUGUUCCUGUUCAAGGAGGCUUUAAUGCUCAAGUUCGUCUUUUCCUACCCCCAGGUGCUGACUUAACUGGCACCACCAAGUAUCCCUUAGUCAUCUUUGUAUAUGGAGGUCCAGGCACCCAACAAAUUGCUGAAAGAUUUAACAUAGACUGGGGAACAUAUCUUGCAACUAACAAGAGCAUAAUUUAUGGUGAGAUAGAUGGACGUGGAUCUGGACUAAAAGGAUCAAAUAUGAAAUUUGCUGGAUACAGAAAUUUAGGAACAGUAGAAAUUUAUGACCAGAUAAAUGUCACAAGACACUUACAAGAAAAUUUCCCAUUCAUCGACAAAACUAAGACAGCAAUAUGGGGAUGGAGCUAUGGUGGAUAUGCUGCAGGCAUGAGUUUGGCAAUGGACCAAGAAGGUAUAUUCAAAUGUGGCAUGUCGGUUGCUCCAGUGACCGAUUGGACACUCUAUGAUUCUGUUUACACAGAACGUUUCAUGGGCCUACCAAUUACAACAGAUAAUUUUCAUGGUUAUGAACAAGCCCAGCUUUUGAAUAAAGCAGCAAACAUCAAAUCUAAUAGUUAUUAUCUUAUUCAUGGAACUCUCGAUGACAAUGUGCACUAUCAACAGUCAUUAUUACUAGCUAAGGUUCUAGAACAGAAAGACAUACUAUUUAGACAACAGACAUACACUGAUGAAGAUCAUGGAAUAGGUUCAGCACGAUUACACCUUUAUCACUCAAUGGAGAAUUUCCUGGAUGACUGUUUUAGAUCAUGAUCAUAAGACUGUUCUUAAUGAAAUUGUUAAUUAACAUAAAACAUGAUUACAAUAUUUGAACUGUCUUGUAAAUAAAUUACAACGUGUACAAAGCUUAUGUACGAUAUUGUAAUAUGAGUGUUCAUGUAAAUAACAAUUCGAAAAUUUAACAGCCGCAGUAAAAUCGAUUUAUAUGAAAAAUUUAUAAACGGCACAGUUUUAAAGAGAAAAAUAAUUAAAUUUGUUAUCAAUUAAAGAGCUUAAUAAUGUUGACGAUUUAUUCCCUAUAUUUGUGUUCUUAAUAAUCUACAGAAAAAAAGAAAAAUAUAUUAUUCAAUUCGUACUUACUAAACUUGGUUCAUAACGCACCUGCACUCUCAAUAAACAUUUUUAUUAGUUUCUCUUUUUACUGUGUUAUAACAAUCUAUAAUUUAUGAAUAUUUACUAUGUUAUUUUAAAAAUCGAUGCAUUUAUUAAAGAGAGAACGUGACGCGCAUUUAUAUAAUAUCCGCGUUGCAACGAAUCAAAGUACCUAGGCAAUAUCGAUAUUACAAUGAAUUUCCUACUAAAAAUAAAAUAUUCAAUAAGAACUUUCAUAUGAAAA